AUGGUCGCCCGAAGAGUUGUACUGAAAGAUUUUCUUUCUCCAAGCCCUCUUUGUAAAUUACAGGCCCUGUUUCAAGGAAGUGUCCCAGAACCUGAACCUAAUUUUGCUUUGCAAAAGCCAUCAAUUGUUCAGCCAGCUCAACAUUUUGUGUACCUAAAUAGCGCUUCCUCAGAAACCAAUCUAGAUCCAGACGGUUACGAGACUGUUUAUGCUCCCUACGGACAGCAUUUGUCGCAUAAGCAUCGUCUUUGGCUGCAUGGGGUUUUGAAGUUCCAUACACCGCUGCGAUUAUUUCAGGAAGCUGAAUGUCAUGAGGCCGUGCACACAAAACCGGUAGGCCAAAAGACAAAACCCAUGUCUAUGGCGGAAAAAUGCGAAUCAAAAUGUAAUACACUUCCUGCCCAGGUUCUCAUUGAAAGAAAGAUUUACGAUCAGCAGCAGAAUUUAUGUUUAGAAGAAGACCGCACCUUGUAUUAUACAAAUAAGGAUUAUCUAGCAGAUGAUAAUAGGAUUACCAGUAAAUCUUCUUCGACGAAGUCUUGGUUAUUUACUCCUACCGAAAUCAUGGUAUUCCGAUAUUCGGCUUUGAUGUUUAAUGCUCAUUUCAUUCAUUGGAAUAACUCAUAUACAACGUCUGUGGAAAAGUAUCCAAACCUUAUCGUUCCAGGUCCAUUGCUUAUAACAUCCAUGGCGAAUUUCUUUCGAUUUUCAUAUCCACGGCUAAGUAAAAGAAUUCGUCAAUUUGAUUAUCGUCUUUUGGCCCCUGUAUUCGUUGGUACCCCAAUCCGUGUGUGUACAAACGAUACAGCGACUGUUUGGCUAGAAAGCGAUUCUACAGUUCAUGCUACUUUACUAGCAAAAGGAAGAUUUGUAUUUGAAUCGGCAUAG